UGUUGCGUCACUGUUUACAUCAGGAAAAGGAAAGCCUUUGUUUUGGUUCGAGUGCUCGGCACCAAAUUCGGCGAUUUCAGCCUGAAUUUGGCUUGAUACAUGGCACAACACAUCGAGAGGUAUUGAAACGAUGCUUUGACAGACCGAGGUAACGUGAAGUUCAGAGAAAAGCACAGAACGGAGUUGAAGCAUGUUCCAGAUCAGUAAUCGGCUGGUCCAGGCGCACGAGGCCUCGUCACCCAGGGAGCACCUGGAGGAGGAACACGUCCGUGCCGGGAGGGACGGGGAGACGGGCUUCGUCCAGCGAAUCAGGAACCAGCGCGGGUUGAACAGCGGAGAUGUCUUCUGUGGCCUUAGAGUUCCCGACGAGUUUCAGACAAGAAAACAUGAGAUAGAUGUGGUAGUUUUGACAGCACAUGGUGUUUACUGUAUUGAGGUGAAGAACUGGUCGGGUGAGUUGGAGAAGAGCCAGGAUGGGAGCUGGAUACAGAAGAGACUGUCGGCCAAUGGGAAGGGGAGAAACGGCACAUCGGUUGAUUACGUCAUACAGCACAACAACGUCGUAGCAGAACUUAAGGUUAGGACAAAUCUACUAAGAAGUCACAUGUUGCGGGCAGGCUGUGGGUUGAAACAGAAGUACUUCCACUCCCGUGUCGUGUUACUGAACCCUCACCUCCGGGUGGAGGACAGCAUCGUGGCGGAUCCCGACGUCGUCAUGUACGACAAGUGCGAAGAGUUUAUCGCAUCAUUCCAGCAAACGUACCUUGGUAUGAUAACGGACGCUAUCUCUCCAGCUUUGAUCACAGGACAACUGUCUUAUGCACAAAUUGACCAAGUACGGAAUGUCCUGAAAACGAUUGGAACGUGGGACGUGGUGGACCUGCACGGUGGGAAGAGACUGAUCGGUGACUUCAGGAGCUGCAAACAGGUGACAGUGAACCGUAAGGAGACAGAACUGCUGGAGUUCUCUCACCAGAGGAACGGAUACAUCAGCGCCAUGUGGGCUCUGCUGGGAUACAUACCACAGGUGUCCGUGACGUUGUACGACAGAGGUGGCGCCGGCUGGCUCUGGCACUCCUCGUCUGGCGUCAUCAGUGUGCCCUACAAUGCUGAGAUCGUCUUCCGCAUCUGUGGCGAGGAGGUGGACGCCAAAAUUCCCGCCAACAACAUCGACAGAAUCACCCUCAGUAUCUAACGCCUUCAUAGAAAACUGUAAACAGACAUGUUCACUUUUCCCAUUGAAAGUCGGGGUCAGAAGAACAUUCUCAGUGGUUAGAAUUUUCAAUAAGGAAUAUCAUUAGUGCCUGACGGCAUCAUGUUCUAGCAAUUUUUCUCUGCAGGAUCCAUGUAAAUUAAGGCUUAGUAACUAUGUAUUAUCUACCCUACAGUGUUUUCAAUUUAUUUAAGGUGGUAGAAGUUCUUCUCUGCUGCAAGAAACCACAGAAGUUGAUGUUGGUAGUCAUGCAUUUGGAAGAGAGGUUAUAGUUGUUAUUUGUAUUCAGUGUUCUUUGUAUAUGAAUAUAUCAAUGUGGACUGGUGUGUGAUAUUAUAUUUGUAAUGUAUUGUACCAGAAAUGUUAAAUGUAACUUUUCUUCUCACAGUUGUGUUGAAUGAUAGCACUAUAUGUCAGACUUUUACUAGUUUUAGGGUGGGGGUAUAUAAAUAUUUAUAUACCUUAAACAUUACUUUUGAGUCCACUCAGACUAGAAAGUUGAAAAUAAAGGAAACCUUUUGCAGAAAGAACAACAGCAAAACUGAAAGUCUGUACUGAUGUAGAUAAUACUCAACACGUUGUGGGAAUAUAUGGUGUGUGUUGAAGUAAUAUUUACUAUAAAACAUGUAUUUUGAAACUGUGAAAUCACAAGGGACAAAAAGUGAAAUGUUUUCAUGCAUAGGAAGCAUCACAAAAUGUGGGGUUUGCGUACCAACAUUUUGACAUUUGAAUCCUGUAGAUGUCUGUCUCUCCACAGAAAAUGUCCAUAUAGGAAACAGUAUUUUUCAUCUCACUUGUACAUGUACAUCUAUUGUAUGGUAUUAUAUAGUAUUAUGAUUGUGUCUACCAAAUGUUGCCUUUAUUGUUCAAUAUACCACGGGUAUUGGAUAAUAUUUGUUGCUUUGAAGAGGGGCAAUCCAGCAUGUCAGCAGAACAUACUGCACCUGUACGAAUUCAGGAUUUUUCAUGGCUUUCAUUUAAUGCAUGGCCUUGUAGAGAAUUUUGCCAGUUGCAGGCAAUCUUUUCCAGCACAGCAUUUGAAAACUAUAGACGGGAUGUUUCUUAAAUACUCGCACAGGAUCUUACAUGUGAACAAUAUUUGUUCUGCCAAAUGCUAUGUACAUUUUAUAGGUUUUACACAGGAAGAGUAUGUUCUGCCUAAGUACUGAACAGUCCUAUGUUUUAGCAGCUCUGUCUUCUAUCAUAGGGCUAGGGAAAUCAGAACAUAGGUUGAGUUGUCAGAACAUAGGAUUGUAACUGCUUAGGAAGUCACUGUUGGGCAUGACAAUCGAUAAAGUAUCAAUGUGUAUAAUUGUCAAGGAAAAGUGAAUCUAAGCAAAGAAGAUAAACCCAUUUUUGGCACAUCUUUAGUGGCUUCCGUACUUUAACCACCUUACUGCAAGUGAUGCAUUCAUGACUAAAAUUUGUAUUGGCUGUAGUAUGCCUUAAGUAGUAGAAGGUUAGAAGGUUAACACUUAGUCUUCAUAUCAAUGAAGAAUCUAUUUUGUGCCCAUUUGGCAUUAUAAGGACAGACAUAGUGAACUAGCAGUCAUGUCUCGAGCCAGUAUUGUAAAAAAAAUCAUUCAGUGCAUUGUAUUUGUGAAUUCCAGCUUAUUUUAUUAAACAUAUGACAAGUUAGCAAGUUUUUUUUUUUCACUGCUGCAUGAAAAUGCAUUGGAACUGCUUUUUAAAUCAUUGAAUUGCUGUGGCCUGAUGGAUGAAAAAUCCAAGGAACCACACCAAAAGUGGUCCAAAUGCAGAGGUGGUCACCAGUAUACAGGUUUGGCUGUAACUGAAACUGUGCUACUAGUAUUUAUUUUCAGUGACAGCGUGUGCUAUGUCACUAAGUUUGUACUGGUUUCAUAACAUUAUUGCACCCAACAUCUUGUGCACAAUUGUAACAAGUACAGUGGACAAAAGUGUGUUAAAUGUUACAUUUUCACUAGAAAACGUUAACAGGUGUAUAUUUAUAGUCAUGGCUGUAUGGUAUACAGUAGGCUGCAGAAAAUACAACAAUCAACAUUAUGAGUGGCGAGUAUAUAUAGAUAUGAAUAUAUAAUAUAUAUUGAAAUGCAUGUACAUGUACAGAUAUGUAACUGACACCACGUAUGGACUUGUACAUGUCACUAUAUGUGAUCUGAAGCUCCACACUUGUAGUAUUGCCCAUUUGGCAAACUCUGUACACAAUAUACUUCACACCUUUUUGACAAUA